AUGAUCUUUUCAACAGCAACUCUUGUUCUAGUAGCACGCCAAAUAUUGAUCUAUGCAGGAUUAUCAAUGAUACUUAUUGGAAUGUUUGGCUCAUUGAUGAUUAUUUUAAUAUUUAGUCAAAAUCCAUUUAAUCAAAAUCCAUGUUCAAUUUAUAUGAUUGUCAAUGGAACUCUAUCAUUUUUAUUUUUACCACUUUAUUAUUUACCAAAUAUUCUUGUAUUUGGUUUUCAAAUCAAUGUACUUGCAUUAAAUACACCAUUUUGUAAAUUUCAAAUGAGUUAUGCUAUAUUUACUGUAACAUCAUCAUUUAUUAUCAAUUGUUUUAUAUCAUUUGAUCGUUAUGCAAUAUCAUCUAGAUCAGCACGAAUUCGAUCAUUCAGUUCAAAAAAAAAUUCUUUAUAUUUAGUUAUUAUUGGAUUAGCAAGUGCUGGAUGUUUCAUUGGUUUACCAGUAGCUAUUCUUUUUGAAAAUGUUCCUCUUGGUCCUAAUGGUUCUUAUUUAUGUACUUCAAAAUCAACAAUGUUUCUAUUGAUUGCAGCUUUAGUUUAUUAUCCAAUUCUUGAAGGAGUUUUACCGAUUGUUUUAGCAAUAUAUUUUUGGUAUUUAACACGAAAACAUAUUCACACUUUGAAUAAUCAAAAUUUCAUGAGACGUUUUGAUAGACAUAUAACUCGAAUGUUCUUGUUUCAAGUAAUAACAAAUGCGAUUGCUUCUGUUCCAUUUGCAACAAUAAAUCUUUAUCGAUCAUUAACAAUUCAAGUUAUUCGAAGUGAAGAUCAAGAAAAUAUUGUUCAAUUUUUUCGUUUAAUGGCUAUUUGUUUAUUUUAUAUUCAAUAUUGUACUGAUUUUUACAUUUAUAUGAUAACAUCAAGUGAAAUUCGAAGACAAGCAAAAAGAUUAUUAUGUUUUUGGAAUCCACGUUGGGCUGAUCGUGUCGCUCCAAUACACACUCUUGCAGUUUUAGUCCCACCCACUGACAGAACAAAUACAACUAGAAAUACUGCAGAAAACAAUAUUCGCACAUAA